UCUAUGACAGCAAAGAUAAAAUAAUUUUCUUCACACAAAUAAGCACACGAACAUCGCGUGACUUCCGAUUUGCAUGAGAAUCAUAAUAAACGAAGUGACAAUAAUCCUUUCAAUAAUUUAAAAAUUCAGUCUCGUGUGGUCUUUUUCCGCUGUCGGAUAGAAAUUUUCUCAUUUUCUAGUAGUUGUUGAUUCGUAAAGAAGCAUUAAAAUUACUUAAUCGACAGAUGAAAAAAAAUGGUGUUGGUUGUGCAAUUGAAGAUACUUCCACUUCUUCUUUUUCUACCGAAGAUCGUAAAUUCAUACGAAUUUCAUUCUAUCGGCGACGAACAAACUGCCUUCAUCAUAGAUAUUUGCAAAUUAUAUAGACCGAAAUCUGUAAUAUUUCUAAACGCCGAAACGAUAAAAGAAAUGGAAAUGACAACUAUAAUGUUAAAAUGGAGGCAUGCACUUUCUCGAGAAGGUAUACCAACUGCGAAUUUGAAAUUUUCUCAACUGCACAAAUCGUUGAAAUACUUAAAACAAAUUGUACGACCAUAUUACAUAGCAGUGAUCUCGAAUCACAACGCGAUUAAUGAGUUCUCUUUAGCAACAAGUACUUUUGAUAUGUCUUCAGCUGUGUGGAUAGUGGUAUUCAUUUACAAGGAACAUUUUUUCGAUUAUUGUCACAAUCCACCAGGUAAUAUAUUUCAUUUGACAUUCAAUUCAGAAAUGUUGGUCCGUUGUGGUACGGAAAAUAUUAUACGGGAAUGGUAUUCGAUCGAUACGAACCAAAUCGAGAUCAAGGAUGUAGCAACUUGGAGUUUAGAGAAAGGAAUCACUAAAAUGGUAUCAGAUUUUCUUUACGAAAGAAGAUCUAAUUUACAGGGAUUAAUAAUGAGAGCUGUUAUAGUUAAGGAUUCACCAUACAUAAUUAAAAAUAAAAAUGGCGAAAUAGACGGUAUGUUCGGUAAAAUAUUAAGAGAACUUUGUGAUACUCUGAAUUUUAGUUUCAACAUUGUCUCAGAAGUAAAAGAAUAUGGAAGAUGGAAUCCAGAUGAAAAGACAUGGUCUGGAGGAAUGGCAGAAUUAUAUACUGGACGUGCUGAUAUUUCUAUUUCAGAUUUUAUGAUUAACAAUGAUAGAUUGAAUGUUAUUGAUUACACGAUUCCUCUUUUGACCUCGAAAAACAUUCUCGUUAUUCGACAACCAGAAAAUUUAACGAUUCAAUGGUCGUCUCACUUCUUAACUUUUACUCUUUCUGUUUGGAUUGCUGUGUUGGGAGUAUUAAUUAUUUCAUCCAUCUUCCUAGUCUUACUCAAAAUAAAAAGUGGAUCCGAUAACAAAAUAGGAUACUUACUGAUCGAUAAUUUAUUGGAGAUUUGGGGUAUAUUUUGCCAGCAAGGACUUCCUAAUUUCCCUAAAAAAUCUUCCUUACGAAUAGUAUACUUUUCAAUAUUUCUUUCGAUUAUCGUAUUUUGGGCCGCCUAUUCAGCUGCUUUAAUAAGCUUUUUGACGUCUGUAAAUUACGUCUUACCAUUUGAUUCAUUAGAAGGUUUCGUUGCAGACGGUACAUAUCAACUUGCUAUUCCUCGCGGUACUGCUUAUUACGAUAGGUUUGCAAAUUCGAAACAUCCAUUUGCAAGGAAGAUAAUGAAGUUGAUGCUAAAAGAUGAAGAAUUACCCAUUUCAGAAUAUGAAGGAUUUAAAAAAAUUUGUAAAAAUCGAAAGCUAGCACUCUACACGACUGACCAAAUAAACAAUAUAGAAAAUUUAAAAAUACCAUGCAAUGUUGUUGCUAUCGAAACAGGAUAUAUAAGCAAUUUUGCUAUGAUUUUAUCUAAAUACAAUCCAUUCACCGACGUCAUUAAUUUCCAGUUGCAGAAAUUUAUCGACAAUGGUAUGAUAAAUCGAUUAAAGGAUACGUCAUUUCAAAUGAAAUCAAAUCAUAUGAUCAAGCAUCAACCGGUUCCCCUAAUCAGCGUUAUCUCUCUUAUUCUUUUCUUCUCAAUUGGUAUCUUUUCGAGUAUUUGUAUUUUGAUCAUAGAAAAGUGUAUUUUCGUUCGUAAAGAAAAGAAUAUUUCCAUGAAAGAUCGCAUCCCAUCUAUUAAGUCCUCAGUACUUUAUGUAAAGAGGAAGAAAAGUAUUAGAAAUUUGGCAGUAGAUUACGCAGAUCGGAAAUGUGCACGCAUACAGUUUACAUCUAACAACUAUAAUGUUCACUCUGAUGGAUUUUUAUAUCCUGACUAUAAUUUUCUAAUAUAAUAGGAAUACAUUUAUGUAUAUUUAAGGUUUUCAUUACUUAAUACACUUCGAAAUUGAAACAGAACUUUCUGAUUAUUCUUUAUCAUUUGUUAUGUAUGAAUCGUUAUUAAGCAGUAUACAUAAUUGAAUUUCUUUUACUCAAAAUUUUCAAUAAACUUAAUUUUCUAUUUAAUAGAAGUCAAUUUGAUUGUACGAGCGUAUCAAAUUUCCAAUAGUAGCAAUCUCAAUAAAUGAACUCGUAGCACACAUACAUAUAUAAACGCAGAUUUAUUUCAG